ACCUGCAGCCGCAGGGCCCAGCUCUUGCCUCCCAGCUCUGCCGCCCGCUGCCGGGCUUCGCUGGGCCGGGAGCGCCGUCCGACUGCCGGAACGAGCCUUUCCGGCGGAGGAGGCAGUGCGUUCAUUUGGGCGCGCCCCAGGAAGGAAGGUGCCUCCCGGCGCGCAUCGAGAGCGGGGCGGGGAGGGGCCGGGCUUUGCCUGCGGCCCGGGAGAGCGGCGUUGGGACCGCGGAAGGGAGCCUUCCCCCUCGGGGUCUGGGAUUCCGGGACCCCUGGCUCCGUUGAAUGUCCGGGACGGAAGGGGCCUGGUCGACCCCGUCCGCCACCCUCCCCUCCCCCUUACCACAGACCGGGGAAAUGGACGCCUGGAGAGCGGAAAUCCAGUUAUCAAAGUUGACUCCAGAAGAGAGAACCUAACAGACCUAACAAUGGAAGAAAUUGAGAAAGUUAUCAAAAAGCUACCAUCCCCCAAAACACCAGUCCCAGAUGGUGUUUCAGGUUAAAAAAAUCCUUCCUGAAGAAGAUCUUAAGCAACACGAUGGAUUCAGAAGCUCAUGAAAAGAGGCCACCAAUCCUAACAUCUUCAAAGCAAGAUAUAGCACCUCAUAUUGCAAAUGUUAGUGAAAUGAGGCAUUACUUGUGUGGCUGCUGUGCGGCUUUCAACAAUAUAGCCAUCACAUUUCCCAUUCAGAAGGUCCUCUUUCGGCAACAGCUGUAUGGAAUCAAAACCCGGGAUGCAGUACUUCAGUUGAGGAGGGAUGGAUUUCGAAACUUGUAUCGCGGAAUCCUUCCCCCUUUAAUGCAGAAGACGACUACACUGGCACUUAUGUUUGGUCUGUAUGAGGAUUUAUCUUGCCUUCUCCGUAAGCAUAUCAGUACCCCAGAGUUUGCAACCCGUAGCCUGGCCGCAGUACUUGCAGGAACGACAGAAGCAAUUUUCACUCCAUUGGAAAGAGUUCAAACAUUGCUUCAAGACCACAAGCAUCAUGACAAAUUUACAAACACUUAUCAGGCUUUCAAAGCAUUGAAAUGCCAUGGAAUUAGAGAGUAUUAUCGAGGCUUGGUGCCUGUUCUUUUCCGUAACGGAUUCAGCAAUGUCCUUUUUUUUGGCCUUCGAGGUCCCAUCAAGGAGCACCUGCCCACGGCAACAACCCACAGUGCUCAUUUGGUCAAUGAUUUUAUCUGCGGGGGCCUGUUGGGUGCCAUGUUGGGAAUCUUGUUUUUUCCAGUUAAUGUUGUAAAAACUCACAUGCAAUCUCAGAUUGGUGGGGAAUUUCAGUCUUUCCCUAAGGUUUUCCAAAAAAUCUGGCUAGAACGGGACAGGAAGCUGACAAAUCUUUUCAGAGGUGCCCAUCUGAAUUACCAUCGGUCCCUCAUCUCUUGGGGCAUAAUUAAUGCGACUUACGAGUUCUUGUUAAAGAUUAUAUGAAAGAAAUCAGUUAAGUGCCAUUAAUCAACUGAAUAGACCUAAGAAGAAUGCAGUUUGGCCUUGUUUCUAAUUGGCCAAAUACAAGUUGGUGUUAUAAGUCCAGGGCACAAUGAAUUAUGGGCAAAGCUGUUUUUCUUGAGCACCAACAAAUGCA